AUGGCGCGGCCGGCGGCGAAGGCGCGGGCGCCGAAGCACUUGGUGGCGCUCGCCGUCGUCGCCAUCCUCGGCCUCGUACUUGUCGCCGACUACCUCUGGGCUUCGUCCUCCGCGUCGUCCUCCGCCGUCUGGUCCUCCAGGCUUAACCUCCACACCAGCCCCGCCGGUUCGACGCCGCCCGUCGCGAAGAAGAUUAAGGAGGACAAGAAAUCUGUAGGUUCGACUGACAUAAAUGCAACUUUUGCGGACUUGGCAGCUCCAGAACUAAAAUGGGAGGAGAUGGCUCAAGCACCUGUGGCCCGUUUGGAUGGCGCUGCUAUACAGAUUAAGAAUCUCUUAUAUGUAUUUGCUGGAUAUGGCACCAUUAAUCAUGUGCAUUCUCAUGUUGAUAUAUACAAUUUCUCGGAUAAUACAUGGGGUGGAAGAUUUGACAUGCCCAAGGACAUGGCACAUUCACAUUUGGGGAUGGUUACUGAUGGAAGAUUCAUCUAUGUGGUAACUGGUCAGUAUGGUCCACAAUGUAGGGGACCAACAGCUCGAAAUUUUGUAUUGGACACAGAAACAAAAGAAUGGCGUGAUUUGCCACCAUUGCCAGUUCCUAGGGCUUGUGUUGUUGCAAAUGAUAAACUCUUCAUUAUUGGUGGUCAAGAAGGUGAUUUCAUGGCAAAGCCUGGGUCUCCUAUAUUUAAAUGUGUUAGAAGAAGUGAGGUUGUGUAUAGCAAUGUUUAUAUGCUUGAUGAUGGACAUACUUGGAAAGAACUUCCUCCUAUGCCAAAACCAGAUUCACAUAUAGAAUUUGCUUGGGUGAAUGUCAACAAUUCUCUCGUUAUUGCCGGAGGAACCACAGAUAAGCACCCAAUAACUAAAAAAAUGGUGUUAGUUGGUGAAAUAUUUCGGUUCAAUCUGGAUACGCUGGAAUGGAGUUUGAUUGGGCAGUUACCUUUCCGAAUCAAGACCACAUUGGUAGGAUACUGGGAUGGAUGGCUGUAUUUCACUUCUGGGCAACGAGACAAAGGACCAAAAGACCCGUCUCCUAAAAAGGUUGUUGGGUGCAUGUGGAGAACUAAAUUGCACCUGUGA